AUGCCUACGGGCUACGCCAGACUUGCGUCGCUGAUGGGAGCUCACCCAGAGACAGCAAUCGUGCGGCGCUUUGGAUCCCUAAAUACGCUCAACCUCCUCUAUCUACAAGCUGAGUUGACGGACCUGGAAAAUGCCCUGCAGAAGGAGGCUAAAGCCGACGCCGAGUCUGGUCAUCUUGACCGCACGCUCUACAGCCAGGGCUGGCAGAACCAGGCACUGCACCUGCAGCACAAGAUCGCCAAGAUCGGACCGCCCAACAGGCAGGACUUUGAAUUUCUCCAAAGAUGGAUGAGCUCGCCGUCCAUGGGAAAUGUCUAUCUGCUCGGCGCUGACAGUGACAUUUGGGAGAUCUUUGAUCCAGCAGAAUUGGUUGCACUCUACCCCGACAUGGCGAGAAAACCGGAUGCGUCGGCGAUACACGGUGAUAUUGCCCGCUACUCCCAGGGGGGCGUCGAAAGAAUGUGCACUGUGGUGGGUACGGUUCUUGGGUCUCUCCUUCUGGUGGGAUCCAUCCUCGUCCUGUACUCUGUCGGCAGCAUGGAGAUGCGGCUCAUGACGAUUGGCAUCUUCACUAGCGCCUUCUCGCUGAGUCUAUGUCUGCUCACAAAUGGACGCAUGGUUGAGGUGUUUUCGGCCACCGCCGCGUAA